AUGAGUAAUUCAAAAGAAAAUAUAUUAAGUACUACCGAUGUAAAAGAAAUUGACGAGUCUCAAGAAGAUGAUGAUAAUGUUGAUGAUGAUGAUGAUGAAGAUAGAUUAACCAUAUAUAUAAAUUAUUAUUGUCCAGAAGAAGAAGUAGAUGAUGAUGAUGAUCAUCAUCGUCCUCAUCAUUUGGAUGAUUAUUUAUAUCCGAGAUGGAGAAACGCACCAAGAUAUCCGGAAAAUUUUAUCGAAUCCAAAUCAUCCAUUUCAUCAAUGAAAGAUUCUGAUUAUGAAAGAUGGCUGAAAGAUUAUUACGAUGAAAAUGCAAAAUUAUGCGGUGUAAUUAAAUUAGAUAAAAACGUGGAUACAUCUGAUUUGAAUGGUAAAGAAAAGAAACCAUACGAUAUCAAACAUUCAAUAUUUCAAAGCAUACGAAAAAAUAAUUGGUCAGAUUCUACAAAAUAUUGGGGACCUAAAAAUAGUAGAAGGCAUUCACCUCUAUUUAAAAAUUUAAAUGAAUGUUAUUAUUUUCCAACUAUACAUCCAAAUUUAAAUUUAAGAAGUAGGUAUGGUAGAUAUCAUUCCCAGUUGUACACGGCAUCAGCCAUCCCUGAGGUAUCUCUUAAAUUAAAAUAUAAAAAUUUUGUAUUUAUUUAUAUAAUAUUUUCUUUAAAUUUAAAUGUUAUGAAUUUCAGAAAUCAAAUAUAUUUAGAAAAAGUAUGUUUUGAAAAUGCUUGUUUGAAAAAAAUGGAUGGAAUUGUUUUAUUAUGUGCCAUUAGCAGAAGUUGUGGUGAUUAUUUAAAAGAAUUACACAUAUGGAAAAUGUUUGAUUAUGGAGAAUGUCCAUUUUUACUAAAAGAACUACCAAUGAAUAGUAAUAAUAAUAAUAAUAAUAAACAAACAAACAUGAUUAUUACAAUUGUAAUAAGUUUGAUUUUGUUGUUCUUGUUGUUGUUGUUGUUAAUUUUAGGAAAAAAUUAUAAUAAAAAAUCAGAAGAAUUUUUUACAAAUAUACAUUUCAUGCAAGUCUUAUAUAAAUUUUCACGUUUAACACAUUUAUCUGUUAAUUAUUCAUAUUUGGCUAACGAAUAUGGAGAUGGAAUAUUAAGUUUGAAAUCAAUAAGAGGUGGUUGUUUGAAAGAAUUGAGAAUAUUAUGUUUGAAAGAAGAAAGACCAUUGCUAACAAAUCCGGGAUACGGUAUUGGUGGAUGGAAGAUAAAAAAUGACGUUUGGAAACGUAUCGUUGAUAUUUGUCCUGAUUUACGUGUUAAAUUUGUCUUUCUUAACAUGCCUCAAUAUGAAAACAUAAUUGUUUUCCUAUCGAAAGAUAUUCCUGUUUCAUCUGUUUACAUAUCAUCAGGUAUCGAUUUAAAAUUUAACGUUCCAUGGGAAAUCGAUGUAACAUUAUUAGAAUUAAAAAAUUGGUACUCGAAUACUUUGGAAUGUUUGAGCCUUCAUUUAUGGCAUCACAGAGAUCUUCUCGAUUAUAUAAUUAAAUGUAAAAUAUUACAAGAAUUUCCAAAUUUAUUAAAAUUCGAAUUUAUUGGAAUACUCGAAAAUAUAGAAACUCUUGAAAUAUUUUGUUCUAAUUUAACAAAUGGAAAUUACAAAGGAAUAUUAGGAGAAUUAUGGAUGACGUUAGAAAAAGGAUUAGGUUUUAAAUCAGAAUAUUCAGAAGAGGGUUGGUUAGAUGGUAUAGACAUUUUUAAAAAAAAAAAAAGGGAUGUUUUAUUACAACCCGUACUUUUCAUAUCGAAUAAAUCGGAUUAUUUUGCAAUACCCGUUACCGAUGAAUGGUUCGAAAUAUAUUUAAAAGAUGGUAAAAGUACAUCGUAUUCCGUAUCGUUUACUAAAAAUUGGUCAAACGAUCUUUGGUUAAGCACAAUAAUAAUUAGUUUAGUUUUAAUGAUUACACUUCACGCCAUGCUUAAAUUUUCAUAUAAAAUUAAAAAGGAUGAAAAAGGAUUUUUAAUAAACGAAACGAAUAAUAUAUUUAAAUUAUCAUUCGAGAAUAAGUUAAAAAAUGUGAAAAAUUGGAGAAAAUCAAAGGAAAUUAAUGUCGUUCGAAAAGAAGAAAAAUCAUCAUUAAGUCGUUGUUUAAUAACAAUUAUUGGGUCUUUUACGUCACAGGGUACAAGUUUCGAUAUUGAAAUGAUUUCCGUUAGAAUAUUAAUGAUUUUCAUACUUUUUUUCGGUUUGAUCAUGUCAAAUUCAUAUUCUGCACGUUUAAUUACUCAGCUUACGGUUGGUGAAAGAUUUUUACCUUUUCUCUCACUAGAAGAAAUUCCAGUAACCGGACAAAAAUAUUCUUUGUGUAUAAGAACUCAAACUUAUCCAUAUUUAAAAUUAAUGGGUUUAUUAUCGAAAAUGCCGUCGAGGGAUGAACCGAACGUUUGGACGAAGAUAAUAAAUAGAAAACCGUGUCCGACAAAUGAAAAAACGACAGAAUUGAAUAUUUGUGCGCCAUAUGUAGCAUUCAUGGAAACUCCACCGGUUAUGAAAAAACAUUUGAAAAAAAAUAAAAUCUGUAAAAUGACGACGAUACCGAAAAAAUAUUUUUACGCACAAAUUUUUCUACUAAUUAACGAAAACGUUAAUAAAUACGAUAAAAUGUUAUUUCACAAUAAGUUAAUAUUAUUAUUAUUAUUAUGUACACCCUUAAAUUUUACACAUUAA